AAAAAAAUGAAAAUGCUGGUCUGAAGGGAUUUCAAGCAAUAUGACACCGAAGAGACAAAUCCAACAAUUCUCCUGCCCAGCUAUAACUGUUUUACCAAUUAUGGAUUGUUUCAAAAUGUUCAUGAAUCAGGGAGAAGAUAUGAACAAUAUUAAAGCUCCAGAGACAGAUGUGAGCAGUGAUGAGCAGUAUAAGGAGGACAUUCCUGCAGGGAAAGAUCUGAUCUAUAUUAAUGCUACAGACAUAAAGGAAGAAGAAGAAGAGACAGAUGUGAGCGGUGAUGAGCAGUAUAAGGAGGACAUUCCUGCUGGGAAAGAUCUGAUCUAUAUUAAUGCUACAGACAUAAAGGAAGAAGAAGAAGAGACAGAUGUGAGCAGUGAUGAGCAGUAUAAGGAGGACAUUCCUGCUGGGAAAGAUCUGAUAUAUAUGACGGCUACAGACAUAAAGGAAGAAGAAGAAGAAGAAGAAGAGACAGAUGUGAGAGGUAAUGAGCAGUAUAUGGCGGACAUUCCUGCUGGGAAAGAUCUGAUCUAUAUGAAGGCUACAGACAUAAAGGAAGAAGAGACAGAUGUGAGCGGUGAUGAGCAGUAUAAGGAGGACAUUCCUACAGGUAACCGUCCAGAUGACUGUACCAGGAGAUCAGAGGAGAAUCUUAUAUCUUCAGAUUAUAAAGCAGAUGAUGAUAUCACACAAGAUACAUAUGAAGAACAUUCCAUUAUCCCAGAUACACCCUCAGCCCUUCACAGCCAAAAUCUCUCAUCUCAUCCUGUUAUACCCGUCCUGUCUUCUCAUUCAUCUCAGUCUGUUAAACAAAAUAAGGAGAAGCAAUUUUCAUGUCCAGAAUGUGGGAAAUGUUUUUCUUGGAAAUACUCUUUUGUUAUACAUCAAAGAACUCACACAGGAGAGAAACCAUUUUCAUGUUCAGAAUGUGGAAAAUGUUUUACUCAGAAAUCAGUCCUUGUUAGACAUCAAAUAACUCACACAGGGGAAAAGCCAUUUUCUUGUUCAGAAUGUGGAAAAUGUUAUUCUUAUAAAUCAGAUCUUAUUCAACAUCAAAACAUUCACACAAAAGAGAAGCCUUUUGCAUGUUCAGAAUGUGGGAAAUGUAUUACUCGGAAAUCAAAUCUAGUGUUACAUCAAAGAUUUCACACAGGAGAGAAGCCAUUUUCAUGUUCAGAAUGUGGAAAACGUUUUACUCAGAAAUCAGUCCUUGUUAAACAUCAAAGAACUCACACAGGAGAGAAGCCAUUUUCAUGUUCAGAAUGUGGAAAACGUUUUACUCAGAAAUCUGUUCUUGUCAAGCAUCAAAAAAUGCACACAGGAGAGAUGCUUUUAUGUUCAAAAUAUGGGACAUGUUUUACUGACCAAUCACAUCUUGAUCAACAUAAAAAAACUCACACAAGAAAGAAGCCAUUUUCAAGUUCAGAAUGUGGUAAGAUGUUUACUCACAAAUCAGGUCAGGAUAAACCUCAAAUAACCCACCCAGUAGAGAAGCCAUUUCCAUGCACAGAAUGUGAAAAAUGUUUUACUAGAAAAUCAAAUCUUUUUACACAUUUAAGAAUUCACACAGGAGAGAGACCAUUUUUUUGUUCAGAAUGUGGUAAAUAUUUUAUUCAGAAACCACAUCUUAUCAAACAUCUAAGAAUUCACACAGGAGAGAAGACAAUUCAGAGCAAUAAAUGAUGCAGAUAACACAUCUAUAUAUUAACCAUGUACAUAGGAUAUCUGACAUUUAUACAUAUAUCAUAUACUGCAUCUCCAAACUUGUUCCCAAUUGUUAAUAAAAGUUUUCUUUUAACCUUCUUAUGUCUACAAAACUAGGUAUCACUAGAAAAUGGAAGUCUCCAGUUGUCCCUGCUCUCUCUGAGAUCCUUGCAUGUGUUAACCUUACGUGUGAAUUUGAAAAAACCUUUGCUAAGAAGGUGAUUAUGGCUUUUAGUGCUCUGCUCACCCUAACUGGCUGGCUACUAUUUUCAAAUGUUGUACACACCAGUGCUGCAGCACACAGUCGCUGUGUACUACACCCAAAAUUGCACUUUCUCUCUCAAUCUCUCUCCCUUCCCUAUCAGUGCUUCUAGGCUGGAUUUAAGCUUGAGGUGAAUCGCUGCUGUAACAAUGCUUUUCUGUGCAACACACUGCUCUCUGUCCCUCUCUCUCUGCAAUAGAACGCUGAAUUGAGUGGCCGCAAGAUGGUUCCCAAUUACAUAGGGCUGUGACGUACAUGUAUAUACUAUAAUACAUGCAUAUACUAUAAUACAGGUACAGUGGGGAUCAAAAGUUUGGGCUCCCCAGGUAAAAAUUUGUAUAUUUGUUGUAAAAAAAUAAAAAAAGAUUGUAUUAAUGUGCAUCAAGAAAAAUC